GAGCGAAAGUUUUGGAAAGACAUGUCAUGAUGGAGACAACAUGUCCCCGUGUCCUGAUUAAAAUAAACCCUAACACCCUUUAACAAGAAGUUGUUUUAAACCUGACACCACAUAUUUGCCGUAAAAAUGGAGGGUUUGGAGAUGUCAGCGAUGAUACCGGCUCUCCAGGAGCUAACUAGUGCCAGCGCGGCUGAAUAUGACCAAGCGGUCCAGAAACCUCGUCAGAUCCUCUGUCAGUUUAUUGACAGGAUACUGACGGAUGUGGAUGUAGUUGCUCUGGGUUUAAGUAAAAAGUCAAGUUCGGAGCCGGCCUGUGUGAUGCUUCUGGACUUUGUGCAGCAUAUAAUCAAAUCCUCAUCUCUGAUGUUUGCUAAUCCUGCCUGCCAGCCUGCGGAAUACCCCGACACCACUCAGAGCUGUACAGACUUCAGCAAAUGGGUGGCUGUGCGACUGUUACGCGUGGCAGCGUCUCCAGACUGUGAUGUCAUUCACGGGAGGGUUUCCGCCGUCCUGUGUUCUUUACUCCACACUUUAAGAGUCAGAGCCCCGUUCAUCUUCAGCUGUGUCGCUGAGGACCUUAUUACCUUGGCCAAGGACCUCAGCAACAUCCUUUACAACCAUAUUGCCACACUCACAGGACAGGGACAUGUUCUAGGACUUCAGACACAAAGCCAAUGGCCCGUAACACUUACUUGCAUCAGCAUAUCCCCUGGCUGUGCUUCUUUCUACCUCACACCUUCUCCUCUCCAGCUCUCGUGCCCAGCUGCCCUCGAGUCGCUGACUGCAGUGACAGUCGGCGUCAUAACUGACGCUCUGAGGGGAGUGGUCUCCCAUCAUCACCUGAGUGUGGCCUGGGAAGCAGCUUGUUCCAUUCUGGCUAAUGGAAACCCUAAGCUGAGGAAGAUCUCCAUGGUCAUGCUGAGGCAGCUGGUGGAGCUGGGAGGGUUUCCUGAAAUGAAAAGUCACGAGUUCUUCAUGGCCUACCUAGAUUUGUUGGAAACACACUCAUCAGACUUAGAUGAGCCACAGCCCUAUGAAGGAGAGCUGUUGAACCUGACCCGCUGUGUGUUUCAGUCAUCUGGCAUUUCUCACACACACUUUGAGCCCAUGUACCUCUCACAGAUGUUUGAGUGUGUUUGUACACUUGGAGGAGCAGAUAUGAAGUUGGGAACAGAAGUUAAGGAAUCACUCUGUUUCCUGUUUAGAUUUUUAUUGUCUGUAGCCCCAGUUUAUGAAAGUGCUGCAUCCUUAAGGAGGCAGAGAGUGACAGAGGUCUGCAGGACAUUAGCAUGCACCGUUGGAACAGUGAAUCAAGCAGAAUGUGCAGAGGGUUUUCUCCAAGUCGCUCUGAAGGCUGAGACUGCUGUGGUGAUACAGGAGAAAAUAGACGGAGCAACACCUGCCAAAAAAUCCUGCAAGUCUGCAGCUAAAACAGUCAAGAAAGUAACAAAAAUGUCACCAGGAGAGGUGGACAUGUGUGUCCGCAGUGAGGUUUGGUCUGUAGUAAACAGUCGACUGCAGGAGCUGCUGAACCUCCUGAACUCAGACUCCAAUGAACCUGAGACCCCACAGACCCUCUCUGCCAUGAAGGGUCUGACUUUUAUUCUCCGCCUGGCAGCGCUCUGCUCUUCACCCACCAACACGUCUCCUCUCCUGUGGGUGUCCCCUGAGACUUUGAGCCGGGUCCUGAAGACCUGUCAGUCAGUGUUAGAGGGCAGUGAUCAACCUGUGUCACACCAGGACCACUUUGAGUCUGUUCUCCAGUCAACCAUCGGGAUCCUCGACUCUAUCCUCUUCUUGACAAUGAGCAGUCAGAGCGGGGACGGCCUCCAGAGGCGUGUGUGUGCUCUGUUAUCCCUCCCUUGGGUGUCUGAGAACAUGUCUGCCUCAGCCUAUAAGAGCUCAGGAUUCCCCUCGUGGGUGCCCGCAUUGGCUCAGAGACUCAGCUUUUGUUACUCUCCUCAGAUCCGUGUAGACUGUGUGUCCCUACUGGCCUUUGUGCCUCACGGUGUGUGUGAGACGUGGCGUGUGUGUGUGUUUUCCAAGGCACUGCAGAGUCAGGAUGAGGCGGUGAGAGCAGCAGCGGUCAGGGCCUUUCCUGUCCUUCUUCACCACCUGGGAAACGCAUACCACAACCUCAUCAACACCACUCUGCUUCUCAGGUUGGAGGACAGUUCAGAGCAGGUGAUGAAGGAGCUCGCCAGGAUCGUGGGUCAGCUGAGUUGUGUCCAAUCAGAAGUCUCUCAGCUCAGUGACACACAAUCAGAGACCCCCUGUCCUCCUGUCCUCGUCUGCCAUCGACUGUGCCUCACCUCAAAGCAUGCACAGAACACAGCAGCGUUUUUGAAGGCGUCUGUUGUCCGACCCUUCCUGCUGCUGCUCAGACCACAAGCUCCAAGUAGUGUUAAGCAAGCUUUUCUAGAAGCUCUGCCGCAUCUCUGUCAACAUGUGAACGUGGCUGAUGGAGACAGUGACUCCCGGGCUGUCCUCUGUGCUCUGAUCAGCCUCAUCGAGGACUCAGAUCCAGCGGUCAGAAUUCGGUUCAGCCAGUCAGUGUGUUUCCUGCUGAUGGAGAAUGUCAGAAACUCAGAGCAGGGCUCACUGAAUGAGCUCCUUGUUGCUCGUCUUAAGGAAGCGUUCAACAAUGCCAAAGUAAACAGAGAUGACGACCUGCGUAACACUCUGAUCCUCACCACUGGAGAAAUCGGCAGAGCGUCUCAGGGUAGUUUGGUGUCCUUCUCUUUGCUUCGGCUGCUCCACUGCCUGUUGUCCAAGUCAUCUCCAGUGUCUGUCGCUGCGUACGCUCAAAUCAGAGCGCUGGCCGCCGCCAAAGGCCUGAAACUACAGACGCUUUUCAGCCAGUAUAAGAACCCUAUUUGCCAGUUCCUGGUGGAGUCGCUGCAUUCACGUCAUGCCUCAGCCUUACGGAGCACACCAGACCAAGGCGGAGAAUCAGCCAAUCAGAGAGAGCUGGCCCUGGACAUCCUGGCUCAAAUCGCACACGCUUUUGACUUCCCCGACCUCCACCGCUUUCUUACUCGGACCCUCCAGGUGCUCCUUCCCUACCUGGCAGCCAAGGCGAGCUCCACAGGCUCCUCCCUCAUCCGAACUCUGGCCAAUGAGCUAAAAGCAAACAGGAGAGAGAUCCUGAUCAGCAACUUCAAAUACAUCUUCAGCCACUUGGUUUGUUCCUGCACCAAGGAGGAGCUGGAGAGGGCUUUCCACUACUUACAGAGUGAGACAGAGAUUGAACUGGGUUCGCUGCUACGACAGGACUUCCAGGGCCUUCACAAUGAGCUGCUGCUUCGCCUCGGAGAGCACUAUCAACAGGUAUUUAAUGGCCUGGCAAUCCUAGCCUCCUUUGCCUCCAACGAUGACCCAUAUCAGGGCCCCCGAGACAUCACGACCCCAGAACGAAUGGCUGAUUAUCUGCAGCCAAAACUCCUGGGAAUUCUGGCCUUCUUCAACAUGCAGCUGCUCAGCUCCAGUGCUGGAGAGAAAGACCGAAAGAAGCUGGCUCUGACCAGUGUCAUGGCUCUAAUGCGUCUGAUGGGCUCCAAACACAUCAGUUCAGUCAGAGUAAAAAUGAUGACGACACUCCGCACAGGCCUGCGAUACAGAGAGGACUUCCCUCUGCUCUGCUGCCAGACAUGGGAGUGUUUUGUCCGGAGCGUGGAGUCUGCACAUCUGGGUCCUCUCCUGAGUCAUGUGAUCGUUGCCCUCCUCCCCCUGAUCCCUCUGCAGCCGAAAGAAACUGCUGCUAUCAUCCGAUUUCUUAUACUGGAAAACAGGGAAGAAGUCAAUGACUAUCUGCACGAGAUUUACUUUCUUCCAGACCAUCCUGAGCUCAAAGACAUCCACACUGUUCUGCAGAACUACAAGAAGCUGACUGCCAGCAGCAGUGAUCUGGCUGCGGCGCUGCAGCUCUCUAUGAGGGCCGUCCAACAUGAAAACGUUGACGUCAGGAUCCAUGCACUGACCAGCCUCAGGGACAUGAUGCACAGCAACCAGGAGUGGCUGCUGAGGCAGGUUUGUGCGAGUGAGGCGGUGGAGCCCGUUAUCUCCAGUUUGGUGGCAGUGCUGCUGAAGGGCUGCCAGGACUCGUCUCCAGAGGCCAGGCUCCUCUGUGGGGAGUGUCUGGGGGAGCUGGGGGCGGUGGAUCCCGGACGACUGGACCUGUCACACACACACACUAAUGGGGACCGCAACACCUUUGUGAGUGGUGUUGAUGAUCCUAAUUUUGCCUACGACCUCUUGACGGAACUGAUUCGAACGUUUUUGGCCUAUGCUGAUGACGUCAGAGCACAGGACUCUGCUGCUUAUGCAAUUCAGGAGCUGCUGUCCAUUUUUGAGUGUAGAGAGGGUCGAAGUGACUCACCUGGCCGCCGUCUGUGGAGAAGAUUCCCAGAGCAAAUGCAAGAAAUACUUGAACCUCACCUCAGCAGCAGAUAUAAGAGCAGUCAGAAGGAGGUGAACUGGUCAAAACUGAAGAAGCCGGUCUAUCUAAGCAGCAGAGGCAGUAAAUUUUCUGAUUGGUCAGCCACAUGGGCCGGAUAUCUUAUCAGCAAGGUGAGACAUGAGCUGGCCAGUAAGGUGUUCACAUGCUGUAGUUUUAUCAUCAAACAUGACUAUAAGGUCACCAUCUACCUGCUGCCUCACAUUCUGCUGUACAUGCUGCUGGGCUGCACCCCUGCAGAGCAGCAGGAGGUUACAGAGGAAAUGCUGGCCGUGUUGACGGAGGGUGAUGGACGAGGAGUUGGGCGGGGUCAGGAGACUGCCUCCAGCCUAUCACAGCUCAGCACUCAGACUGUGUUCAGUAUGUUGUCUCACCUCACACAGUGGAGCCGCCAUGUCCUCUACUCAAAGCCAAAACAUAACGAGAGUGGGGAGUAUCAGCGUGUGGUGGCCUUCCUAAAGGGUAUCCCACAAGAUGUUCUGGCCAAAGCGUCUCUGCGAUCUAAAGCCUACACUCGAGCUGUCAUGCACUUUGAAGCGUACAUCCUAGAAAACAAGGAGAACAUUCAGGACCAUCUCACUUUCCUGCAGACACUGUAUGCCGCGAUGCAUGAACCUGAUGGAGUGAGGGGAGUCAAUGCCUUGAGGAGGGAGGAGCCGUCGUUACGGGAACAGAUACUUGAGCAUGAGAGUAUCGGUCUCCUCCGGGAUGCAACUGCCUGCUACGACCGAGCCAUACAGCUGGAGUCAGACCAGAUCGGUCAUUAUCAUGGGGUGAUGACCUCUAUGCUUGGCCUGGGGCAGCUCUCCACAGUCAUCACCCAAGUUAACGGAGUCUUGGCCAAUAAGCCCCAGUGGAAGUCAGAGCUGAACACCUACAGAGUGGAAGCAGCCUGGAAGCUUGGACAGUGGGACCUGCUUGAGGAUUAUUUAAGUUCAGAUUGUCUGUCCAGUAACUGGGGCAUACGACUCAGUCAGUUGCUGCUCGCUGCUAAAAAGCAGGACACUGACACAUUUUAUGAGAAGCUGAAAGUGGUGAGGAAGGAGCAGGUGGUUCCUCUGUCAGCUGCCAGCUACGAGUGUGGAACCUACCAGAGAGGAUACGAGUACAUCAUCAGGCUCCAUAUGCUCAGUGAGUUGGAGCAUACCUUCACUGAACUGCAGAAGCAGAAGCAGGGUUUGGCCCCCAGCCUCAGCCAACAGCCUCUACACUGGUCCGAGAGACUAGAGAUGACCCAGAAUUCUUUCAGGGCUAAAGAGCCAAUCCUGGCUCUCCGUCGUGCCUUGCUCAGCCUGGGAUCACAGCCUGUGUUUCAGGAGCUGGUGGGGGAGUGCUGGUUACAGAGUGCGCGGGUGGCCAGAAAAGCAGGACACCACCAGACGGCCUUUAAUGCUCUACUGAACGCAGAGAACACUCAUCUUGCUGAGCUGGUCACUGAGAAAGCCAAGUGGCUCUGGUCCAAGGGCGACGUGCACCAGUCUCUGAUCGUCCUGCAGAAGGGCGUGGCCCAGUGUUUCCCUGACGACCAGCCCAUAACAGACCCACGCCGUCUGCAGACCAAGGGGAAGGCCAUGCUGCUGGUGGGACGCUUUAUGGAGGAGACAGCCAACUUUGAGUCUAAUGCCAUCAUGAAGGCGUACAAGGAUGUGACUAAUCUUCUGCCUGAAUGGGAGGAUGGCAACUUCUACCUCGCCAAGUAUUACGACAAAGUAAUGCCAAUGGUGACUGAUAACAAACUGGAGAAACAGGGCAACCUCAUCCGCUACAUCGUCACAUACUUUGGAAAAGCAUUGCAGUUUGGAAACCAGUACAUCUACCAGGCGAUGCCUCGCAUGCUGUCUCUCUGGUUGGAUUUUGGAGCCAAAGUUUGUGAGUGUGAGAAAGCUGGCCGAGCAGACAGGCAGAUGCGACAGGAGUUGGCUAAAAUUAACAUGGCGGUGAGCGAGCACUGUUCCAACCUGGCCCCGUACCAGUUCCUGACCGCCUUCUCUCAGCUCAUCUCCAGAGUCUGCCACUCCAGCGAUGAGGUCUUCUCUGUCCUCAUGACCAUCGUGGCUAAAGUGUUCCUAGCGUACCCCCAGCAGGCCAUGUGGUUGAUGACCGCUGUGUCCAAGUCAUCCUACCCGAUGCGUAUGAACCGCUGUAAUCAGAUCCUUAAAAAAGCCAUCAGUCUUAAACAGUCCCUGGAGAAAUUCAUCGGAGACGCGAACAGACUGACGGACAAACUACUGGAACUGUGCAAUAAGCCGGUGGACGGUAACAGCACCACCCUCAGUAUGAGCGUUCACUUCAAGCAGCUGAAACGUCUGGUGGAAGAGCCGACCUUCAGCCAGAUCCUCAUCCCACUGCAGUCGGUCCUGAUCCCUACGCUGCCCUCUACUGGUGGGGCUAACACGCAACAUGACGCCUUCCCCGGACACUGGGCCUACCUGGAUGGCUUCGAGGACUCUGUGGAGAUCCUGGCCUCUUUACAAAAGCCUAAGAAGAUAAGUUUGAAGGCUUCAGAUGGACGGAGUUAUACCAUGAUGUGUAAACCUAAAGACGACCUGAGAAAAGACUGUCGGCUCAUGGAGUUCAACUGCCUCAUCAACAAGUGCCUGCGUAAAGAUGCCGAGUCAAGACGGAGGGAGCUCCAUAUCCGUACCUACGCUGUGAUUCCCCUCAAUGAAGAGUGUGGCAUCAUCGAAUGGGUCAACAACACCGGCGGACUACGACAUAUACUCACCAAGCUCUACAAGGAGAGAGGCAUCUACUUGUCAGGUAAAGAACUCAGGAAGCUUAUUCUGCCUAAGACAGCUCCGUUUGAGGAGAAACUACGAAUCCACAAGGAGGUGCUAUGUGCUCGACAUCCCCCUGUUUUCUACGAAUGGUUUCUCCGGACCUUUCCUGACCCCACAUCAUGGUACAGUAGUCGCUCUGCGUACUGUCGCUCCACUGCUGUCAUGUCCAUGGUGGGCUACAUCCUGGGUCUGGGGGAUCGCCACGGAGAAAACAUCCUGUUUGACUCUUUCACUGGAGAAUGUGUUCAUGUUGACUUCAACUGCCUUUUCAACAAGGGGGAGACAUUUGAUGUGCCUGAGGUGGUUCCUUUCCGUCUAACCCAAAACAUGGUCCAUGCCAUGGGACCCAUGGGCACUGAGGGUCUCUUCAGACAGGCCUGUGAGGUCACCCUGAGACUGAUGAGGGACCAGAGGGAGCCGCUCACAAGUGUGCUGAAGACUUUCCUUCAUGACCCACUGGUGGAGUGGAGCAAACAAGCAAAAGGACUUUCCAAAGCUCAGGCCAAUGAGACAGGAGAGAUUGUCAACGAAAAGGCCAAAACCCAUGUUUGUGACAUUGAGCAACGUCUACAGGGAGUGAUAAAGAGCAGGAAUAAAGUGCUGGGUCUACCUCUGUCCAUCGAAGGCCACGUCCACUACCUCAUACAGGAAGCCACAGAUGACAAACUGCUGUGUCAGAUGUACCUGGGCUGGGGGCCGUAUCUGUAAAAAAAAAAAAAAAAAAAA